AAAAAACUGCAUGUUCUAACAGCAAAUAGUUAUACAAAAAAAAGACACGCUUAAAUCAAAUUGACAAUAAGUUCGAAGAAACAAAACCCGCCAAAGUUUUAUUAUAUUUAGAAAAUUGAAGUUAUAGAAAAAAUAUAUAAUAAAAGCAAUAAGGAAAAAAUACUGCAAAAAAAAUUUAUAGUAAAAACAAUAAUAACAAUCAAAUGGCAAAUAAUUUGGACAUCAUUUUCUUGCGGAAUUUAGACGAAAAGGCACCUCAGUUCUUAAAAAAUAAUUGAAUGAACCAAUUUUUGUUACAAAAAGAUACGUAAAAGACGUUACGUUACGUUUUGAAUUCUUAUUAAAUUAUGGGUUUUUAUUUUAUGGCAUGGCUGUAUGGCUUUGUAAUUCUAACCCUUGAAAAUAAAAAUACAGCCUAGUGUGAAUCUCUAACAAAUGACAAGUGACAGGUGUCAAUAUCCCAUGCCUUGAAAACAGCAAUUACAUAGUAAUUUAAUUUUCGACUUAUAUUUCUGUACACAAUUAUAAAAUAGUUUUAAAUUAAUUAAUAACAUCCUACACAUUAACUUUCGUAUAAUAUGUUGAAAGUAAUAAAAAAAACGCCGACUUUCGUUUUAAAUGUACAGUCAAGAAUAAAGUUACCAGAUAAGUUAAAAGGAACUAUAGUUGAAAAAUGGACUAAUUAUUGGAAAAAUCUAGUUAUAGAUUAUCGUCAAAUGUUACAAGAUUUACGUACGGACAUUCAAGAAGAUCCAAGAAAAGCUCUUCUUUGGACUACCGGAAUAGCGACACUUUAUGCGCUAGCUGAAAAUAAUCCAAGCGAAAUUGAUUUCAAAGAUAACUUGAGGAGGAUCACAAAUGAUGUAAUAUUAGUGAGUGAGGAAUGUAGAAAUCCAAAAUCUAUUGAACACUUAAAUUACAUACAAAGAUGUUACAAUCAAGAAGUGAUCCACUAUAGAACACUGGGAAUUAUCUCUUUUAUGUAUACUUCAGAACUUAAUGAUUCCUGUGACUUGUACAAAGCUCACUGUUCCUACUUAAAACCCUCAUAUUUCAGCAUAUUUUCACGGAUAGUUGAUGUAGGAUUCAUGGGAAAAUGGUGGAAUACUUAUAUAAAGACAACAAGCUAUGAUGUUAACAUGUAAAAUUUUUACAUUAUUGUAAUUUAUUAAUUAUAUCAUAGUAAUAUAAAACAAUAAAUAAAAUUAAAUCAAUUUAGUAGUAAAUUUAAUCUUUUCAAUAAUUGUUUAAUGCUAUAUAUUGUUUUGAAGAGAGCAUUAUUACAUUAAAA